AUGCGACAACGAACAAACAGUCGUGGACGCGGAAAAUCAAAAUUAAUACCCGUGAGAGGACAGGGACAGAAACGAGGGCGUCCACCGAGAAGACGUGGUCUAACUAUUCGAGCAAAUAUAAAACAGCGACGGACGAAUAACGACGACCUGGAGGUUGAUGAUGGAAACGAUCAAAGUAACAUGGAAGUGAAUCAGGAAAACAAUGAAAAUGAGGAGAUGGAAGAAGAGAAUAGAGAGAAGCUCAAUUGCUCAGAUCAGCGACCAGCAAUAAAUCGAGUGUCAAUUGAAGUAUCAGAUGAUGAAAACGAUCAAAAUCAGCCUACCACGUCCGCUUCAACAACACCAAAGCCAAAGUCAAAGCCAUCUACAAAAAGUUAUUUUAAAUUAAUAGCUCCAAACACUUAUCAGUGCAAACUAUGUGAGAAAUGA